AUGAGAAGCAAAGCUGUUAGUACCAUCGGGACAUGUCUUCUCCUCGUCCUUGGCUGCGCCACGGAGACGGCUGCCAUUCAGCGGCCUCGGUUUGCCGUUGCCGACGUGAAAGCGUCCAAGACAGCUCACAGAGAAGUUCCGACAAGUACAACACUUGAAGCAGUAGCAAAUCUUCGUGGUGGAUAUUUUCGCGGAAUGGUUGGCAGAACCUACUCAGUGGGCAUGGCCGUUCAAGGAUGUGCCGAGCUUGUUCAGUCCUUUCGUGGUGAUCAAGAUCCAAACUUGGCCCUUCUCCAAAAGGCCAAGGGUGCGACCAUACUGAGCAUUGCCUUGACACCUCUCUUAGUCUACUUUAAAGACAUGGAAGCUCUCACCGCGGUGGCGGCGUCGUUGGCUCCACGCUAUAUAUUCAUGCUGGGCUUGGCUCUGGUGGAUCGUCAAAAGGUACAGGCAAGAAUGGAACGACUUGCCCCCGCUUACGUGAUUUGUACGAUAUGGGCUUUGGCCGUGGUCAAGAAUGGCGACACCACUUUGAACCCAUUCAAGCUGGAAGCACUCACAGGCGCCAAGUUGAUUGGCUACCAACUCCUGGUUGCCGGCAGUGGAUUGUUUCUGGCUACAGAGUUGCAGGGCAAGUUGUUGAAUCUAGACGUCCCAGCAAAUAAAGCAUUUGGCGACGCACUGGGCGAACAAGGGAUACUGGAUACUACCGAUGGUAUCAUCAAGUUGGCAAUAAUUCUCUAUGGUCCAGCCAAGUCAAUGGGGUUGGCAUGUCUUGCAUGGUUCGUUAUGCAAUGCGUGAAUACCAAGGUAAUGAAACGACGCCCUGGAGGAAGCGCGAUGAAGGUUCAUUUGCAGUUGAUUGGAGCCCUGCUAGGAGGAUUGUACUUGGCAAAGUUAAAGACAUGA